AUGUUUUUCAAUCCUUCCAUUCUACUAUUUCAGGCAUUUAACAUAGGAGCUUUGCUGAAUCUGAGCGAGGGACGCAAAAGGAGAGGUUCCUCCUCUCCCUCCUCCUCCUCCUCCUCCGGGAGGCAGCGCCGCGGCUUCACGCUGGCCGUCGAGGAGCAGCAAAAUGAGGGCAGCAACGGCGCCCUCAUCUGCAGCGCGCCCAACGGCGCCAAAGCUUUUCGACAUGCUUAUCCGAUCAUCGACGCCGACUCGAUGUACCUGCUACGCCAUCUACCGCCACUCAGUGACGAAAUGAGGUAUCGAUGUCCGGCACUGCCGCUGCGCACCCGUUCUACACCAGAAUUCUCGCUGGUUCUCGAUCUGGAUGAAACGCUAGUUCACUGCAGUUUAACUGAAUUACCCGAUGCUUCACUGACAUUUCCGGUGCAUUUUCAAGACAACACCUAUCAGGUUUAUGUUCGCGUACGGCCGUAUCUUCAAGAAUUUCUGGAAAGACUGUCACGCUCCUUCGAAAUUAUACUGUUUACGGCCAGCAAACGAGUUUAUGCCGACAAACUACUGAAAGUGUGA